GAAUUAUGACACUGAGCCGUGGCCCGUACAGCGAGCUCGAUAAAAUGAGCCUUUUUCAGGAUCUAAAACUGAAACGACGAAAAAUCGAUUCAAGAUGCAGCAGUGAUGGCGAAUCAGUAGCCGACACCUCCACCUCCUCGCCCGAUCUCCUCGCACCGAUGUCGCCGAAAAUGUGCGACACCGGCGGUGCGGGUGCUGGCGGCCAUGGAGGUGGCGGCGGCGGUGCGCUCUCCUCCCUGCUGUUGCCCACCGCCGUCGUCACCUUGACGGCAACAUCCACCAUUGCGCCCGUCUCUGCCGCAGCUGCCACUAUCUGCUCGAGCAGCACUGUGCCAACUGCCGCCAGCAGCAACUCCGGUCACAAUGUGUGCGUGGCAACACCACCAAGCGCCACCACUACGGUGGUUGUGUCCGCUGGCAAAGCGGCAGCCAUAAAAGCUGAGCAAAAACACCAACAACAGCAGCAGCAGCAGCAGCAACAACAACAGACUGAAAUUAACUCGUCCAGCGGCCCUGUGAGCGCAGCGGCCGCCUCGUCCGUGAUGUCACCGCCUCCAACAACAACAGUGCGCAUGUCACCUGCGCCGCCGACUGAUCUGAGCCUGCCGGCAGGGCGUCGCACGCCCAGCAAUGCGACGCCGACACGCGCCACACCAACACCACCGCAUAAUAAUGGCAAUGCGAGUAGUAGUUGUGGCACCAGUAAUGGUGGUGGCAGCAGUCGCGCCUCACCGGACUCAAUGGAUGAGCGUCCGUCAACAACCACCACAACAACAACGGGUGGCACGCAGAUGUCUACAAAUGGUAUACAUGGCGGUGCGAGUGGGGACUGUAUGCAAAACGCUGCAAGUGCCGAGUGUGGUGUUAGUAAUUUAAGUGUCAUACGCUCGGUGAAGGAAGAGCGCAUUGCCGCCUCGCCUACGAAAAUGCUAUCCUACCACCAGCAUCAGCAACAGCAGCAACAACAGCAAAUGCAGUAUCAACAGCACGCGCCAUCUCCCACACAAUCCAAAGGUCUCACGCAGUCGCAGCAGCAUGUCAGCGUGCUGGUGACGCCAUCACGCAUAAAGUCUGAAUUGUCACCGCAGCAGCAACAGCAUGCGCAGCAAAUGCCGCCAACAUCGCUACAACAUCUGGCGCAUCACCCGGCUUACUCCACGUCUGUGUCGACAGCGACCAGCUCAGUGACAUCUACUUCUGGCGCGAUGACUACCACAACCAGCUCCAGCGCCGCAGCACUGCACGCAAGCACGCCAUCGCCGACGCCAUUGCCAACACCGGCAGCAGUAGCAGCAGCAGCGGUGGCGGCCGCGGCGGCGCAUCAUCCGCACCUGCAUCACCCGCCGCCGCCCAUAGUGCAGACGCAUCACCUACAUCAACAGCUCACACAACCGCAGCUGCGCAAGAGCAGUCCGCCAACUGGUCUAGGACUGCCGCAGCAACAUUUACUAAACCAAUCCAUGCAGCAUUUGACACAACAGCAGCAAUUGCAGCUGCUGCAGCAGGCGGCCGCUAUGUCACAGCGACCAACGCAAAUGUCGCCGAAUGCCAUAAACUCAACGCCAAGCGCGCGGCAUCAGUCCAGCGCUUCAUCGCCACAUCAACAUUUGCUACAGCAGCAUCAUCACCAUCAGCAACAACAGCAGCAGCAACAGCAGCAGCAUUUACGCAUUAAAAAGGAGCCAGCGCAGCUAUUGGCCGCCGCCGCGGGUAGUUUAUUGGGCAGCAGCGGCGGCGCGCAACGCCACUUACACUCGCCACAUCACCAUCACCCAUCAUCGCCACAACAGCAACAGCAGCAGCCUCCACCGCAGUUACCGCCACAAGCUUUGGGUAAUAUAGCGCAGCUGAUACACCCAGGCUCGCUGCAAUUGCGUCAUCCCAACCGCGAUGCAGCCAUACUUUUUCGUGUAAAGAACGAAGUGCAUCAGCAAGUGGCUGCCGCGCAGCUUAUGCAACCUGGCGCUGCUGCCGCUGCCGCAGCCGCGGCACAACGCAUGGUCUGGGUUUCGAACGCGCGCAUAAACGGCGUUAAACCGGAGGUUAUUGGUGGUCCGCUCGGCGGUUUGCGACCGGGUGGUCCAGCGCAGUCGCCCUCACCGCAUCAUUCUUCAUCCUCUUCGUCUUCACAACUGUCGCCGCAAACGCCUUCACAAACGCCGCCACGCGGUACGCCUACGGUCAUCAUGGGCGAAAGCUGUGGCGUGCGCACAAUGGUGUGGGGAUACGAGCCGGCGCCACCAACAGCCGGUCCAUCGCCCACACAUGGCGGCAACAGCAACAGCGGUAGUGGCGGUGGUCUGCAUCAGACGCCGCCCUCCACGCCACAACAUCCACACGGCCAGCAACAACAGCAACCGCCCUCUUCUAUGUCAUCGCUCUCACAACAGUCACAUCACUCAUCACAGUCAUCACUGCAGUCGGCGUCAUCACCAUCGGCGGGCUCCAUUACGCCCACGCAUACGCCCGGACCGUCGCCGCAAAACAACGAGGAGGCCGCGCAGCUAUUGCUUUCACUGGGUCAGACGCGCAUACAGGAUGUGCGUCCGCGGCCACAUCAGUUUCGCACACCGCAUGCGCUCAAUAUGGAGCGGCUGUGGGCGGGCGAUUACUCGCAGUUGCCGCCCGGACAGAUACAUGCGCUCAAUUUGAGCGCGCAACAGCAGUGGGGCAGCACCAAUGCGACGGGCAUGAAUCGCGGUCUGGAUGCGCCGCACGAGCCCACGGACGAGGAUGAUCAGCCGCUGGUCUGCAUGAUCUGCGAAGACAAGGCGACCGGCUUGCAUUACGGCAUCAUCACGUGUGAAGGUUGCAAGGGCUUCUUCAAGCGCACCGUGCAGAACCGACGCGUCUACACCUGCGUGGCCGAUGGCACGUGCGAAAUAACCAAAGCGCAGCGCAACCGGUGUCAGUAUUGUCGAUUUAAGAAGUGCAUCGAGCAGGGCAUGGUCUUGCAAGCCGUGCGCGAGGAUCGCAUGCCGGGCGGCCGCAACAGCGGCGCCGUCUACAACCUCUACAAGGUCAAGUAUAAGAAACACAAAAAGUCCAAGCAGCAGCAACAACAACAGCAGCAAUCACAGCAACAACACAUGCAUUCACCACAUCAUCAAUCGCCGCUCUCACCACACCAUCAACAGCAUCUGCUUUCACCGCAACAGCAACAGCAUCUGCAUCAGCAUCAACAGCAAUUGGCGGCCGCUGCCGCAGUCGCUGCCGCCGCGCAGCAUCAACAUUCGAAGCUGCUAAGCGCCACGCUAGGGCAAAGUGAAAUGAAGCCAAUGUUUUUGGGUCCAUCCAUCAAGCAGGAGCUGCUACAGCAACAGCAGCAGCAGCAGCAGCAACAACACCAGCAACAGCAAGCCGCGCAACUGCAUUCUCCACAUCAUCAGCAGUUGCAUUCGCCGCACCACACGCUACACGGCUCGCCACAUGGCGCGCUACCGCCACACUCUUCGGCCAGCGCAUUGCAUAGUCCACUGUCGCAUGGGCCGCCCUCACUGCCACCACACACCUCCUCUUCAUCCUCAUCCUCGUCGUCGGCUUCUUCGGGCGGCAGCAGCAGCAGCUCACAGCAGCCAUUACACCAUGCGCUGCCUUCGCCACAUCAUGCGCUCGCGCAUGCGCAUCAUCUACAAGCGAACGCGUCACAUGCACCGCCGCAUGCACAACAGCUGCAUCAGCAGCAACAGCAACAACAGCAGCAACAUCAACAGCAUGCGUCACAGCUGCAGGAGAAUGCCAUCAAAUUGCCCUCGCAUUUGGUUAACGGUACAAUACUUAAGACUGCCCUAACGAAUCCCAGCGAAAUCGUGCAUUUAAGAAAUCGCCUCGAUACCGCCGUGAGCUCGUCGAAGGAUCGCCAGCUCUCGUAUGAGCAUGCGCACUCCAUGAUCCAAACGCUAAUCGACUGUGAUGCUAUGGAGGACAUAGCCACAUUGCCACACUUCUCCGAGUUUCUCGAGGACAAGUCGGAGAUUAGCGAGAAGCUAUGCAAUAUCGGUGACUCCAUCGUACAUAAGCUGGUAUCGUGGACAAAGAAACUGCCUUUUUACUUGGAGAUACCCGUUGACAUACACACCAAGCUGCUGACGGACAAGUGGCAUGAGAUACUCAUAUUGACUACAGCGGCGUACCAGGCCUUGCACGGCAGGCGCAGGACACCUAGCACCACGACGCCCGGUGGCGGUGACACAACAACAGCGCAAGCCUCCUCCACCACCAGCUCGAGCGGCGGUCGUUCUAGCGCAGGCGCGCCACCACAUUCGCCCGCCUCAGCCAAUCAUCAUCACAAUCACCAUCACAUGAGCGGCUCACCGCAUGCCACGAGUCUGAAUUUGCCACACCAGCUGCAUAAUCAACAAAUGCAGGCAGCAGCAACGCCACCGCUGCAGAAGGAGGAUCCCGAAUUCGUGGACGAGGUGAAUGGCCAUCUGCUGACGCUGCAAACGUGCCUCACCACACUGAUGGGCCAGCCCAUUGCCAUGGAACAGCUGAAGCUGGAUGUCGGUCAUAUGGUGGAUAAGAUGACACAGAUCACGAUCAUGUUUCGACGCAUUAAACUCAAAAUGGAGGAAUAUGUUUGUUUGAAGGUGUACAUUCUGUUGAAUAAAGCAGAAGUGGAACUAGAGACCAUACAAGAGCGUUACGUGCAGGUGUUACGCACGUAUUUGCAGCACUCGUCACCGCAGAAUCCACAAGAUCGACUCACUGAACUGCUGUCGCAUAUACCGGAGAUCCAAGCUGCCGCCAGUCUACUGCUAGAAAGUAAAAUGUUCUACGUUCCCUUCGUCUUGAAUUCGGCCAGCGUGAGGUAGCAAAGGCUUGAA